AAAAUCAGCAUUCCUAUUUUAAACUCCGACCAAUACCUGUCAGUGAAACUCAGUAGAGGAGUUUCCAUUAUUUCAGAUUUCUUCCUUAAUUAUGAAAUAGUGUGUAAACCUCAAAAAAUGCGGAGGAAAGCCACUGUUACAAACUCCACGCAGCUGAGUGCACUGGGAAAUGGUGCGAGCGAGAAGUCAGGAGAAAACACACAUUUGAAGGUGAUAAAACAGAUAGAAAGACCUUCUAAAACUCCAGCUGGGAAAGGCCUCGGAAAAGCAGGAGCCAAACGUUUGGGCCGACUACUGAAACGAGCUAUCCCUAACCAGGAUGAGGCGACAGGAAAGGCGAACGCUUCUCUUCCCAAGACUCCCGUCCGGCUUUUCAAGCAUCAGAUUCAAACAGAGGCUGGAAAUGCACCCAAGACAAAUUCCGCAAAGCCAACCUCGCCUCACAUCUCCCAGCUCAUCCUCAGUGUGGUUUCCCAGUGCAAACACAGAGGCGGCAUCUCCAUGGCAGAACUCAAACAGAUGCUGGCAGCUGGAGGCUAUGAUGUGGCCAAGAACAACAGGCGAGUGAACAUAGAGACCAAGAGGCUGGUUAACAACGAGACACUUGUACGAACUACAAGAAAUGCAUCAUUCAGACUCAACCAUAAGAAGCUGACAGACAUAAUUCAAGUAAGGACGAUCCCAGUGAAGACUCCAAAGCCAAAAGCAGAGCUGAAGCUGACUCCGAAAACAGCAACAAGCAAAUCCCCCAAAGGAGCAGAGAACCAAAAGAGACGAGUAAUAAAGCCAAACCAAACCAAACCAAAGAGCAAAUCGCACCAAACAAGGGCAACACCUCGAAAAGUUAGAUCACCCAAACUAAAACCUAAGCCUCGCAGAAUGGCGGUCACAUCACCCAAACUAAAACGCAAGCCUCGCAGAAUGGCGGUCACAGCGCACAAACUAACACGCAAAACUCGCAAAGCGGCAGCCAAAUCACACAAACAAAGAAGGAAGACAACCAAAGGAAGAAAAUCACCAAAACCUGCUGGCAAGAAACGCAGACCUGCAACAAACAGGGGCGCACGAGUUCGAAAGGUACCGAGGAAGGCUCAAAAGACUCGGAGACGCCGACCAAACCAAGUUCAAAAUCGACAUAAAAAGCAAGCAAGACGAAGGCUUCCAAAAUCAAAGUUGAGAUCGAGGAAAGGCACUUACUACAACCGCUAGGCUGAGUCUUCAUGGUAAACAGUAAUAAACAGAACCCCUUUUAGCAUCCUGAAA